AUGUAUAAAGAAAAAUGGGAUUAUGAAGAUGUUGAAUCAAUUGUCAACAAAGUUGUUAAUGAAAGUUUCGCUAGUGACCAUUCUAUUGUCGCUGCACUUCUUCGCAUGCAAUUCCAUGACUGCUUUGUUACUGGAUGUGAUGCGUCAUUACUUCUUGAUGGAGAUACAAGCGAAAAAAAGGCAGUCGCGAACCUAAAUAUAAGAGGCUUUGAAAUAAUCGACAAAGCAAAAACUGCACUAGAACAAGCUUGCCCAGGAAUUGUCUCUUGUGCGGAUAUUAGUAUCAUGGCAACCAGGGACGCUGUUGCCUUGGGCGGAGGAUCUAAUGCACGAUAUGAAGUAGAAACAGGAAGGAGGGAUGGUCUUACCUCUGAACAAGCUAACGUCGAUCUCCCAGGUCCUCAAAUUCCGGUCUCUAAUGCUAUCGAGUUCUUUGUUAACAAGGGACUUUCCGACACUGACAUGAUUGUACUACUUGGUAGUCACACUGUCGGAGUUGCCCACUGUAAUAUUUUCCGAAAUCGUCUUUGGAAUUUUGGUGGCACCGGAAGUGCAGAUCCCUCAAUGGACCCUGCUUUCGUCGAGACUCUGAAGUCUCAGUGUCCAGAGUCUACAAAUAACGAAGGCGAUGUCGUCAACUUGGACCAAAACCCUUCAAGUUCCAAUGUCGUUGAUAAUUCGUUUUACCAAGAGAUACGUUCAAACAGAGGUAUCCUAGAAAUUGAUCAAAAACUAGCACUGGAUCCAUCUACAACAGACGUUGUCACCAUAAUGGCCAACGAUGGAGACACUUUUCUUAAUCUUUUUGGUAAAUCCAUGGUAAAGAUGGGUGGCAUCGGCGUACGCACCGGUACUGAUGGGCAGACUCGACUCAAAUGUAGCUCUCCUAAUACUAGCUGA